AUGGAGGACAUGGGCGGCUUACCCUCCCCGCUGCCGGAUGAGCUCACCUCGGCGUGCACGUGGGCUUUGCCAUCCCUGUUGGCCUGCUUGAAAGCCAGGGUCAUCAACAACAGGGAGAUCACCAAGGCAGAGCUGGGCGUGUUGAUGCAUGUGGCCAAGUGCAGCGACAACGCUUCGGAGUGGUGGGCCCUACAGGGUACCAUUCUGAAGAACACUAUCCUCGCCCAGACGGCAGCGUCCCAGUACCAGGCCCUGGGGAACACCGCGGCCGUGCGAGCUUCCCGCGACAGCAAAGGCCAGCGGCUUGAGACCUAUUGCAAGGGCAUGAUCACGUUGAUGAGCGACUUGGAGAAGUCAGAUGCUUUGGAGUCGCAGAUUGCUGCUGACAGCAAGGCCAAGCCGGCAAUGGAGUAUUGUGCCGUGGCACAGACAAGUCGCCAGGCCUGCUUUCACGAGCAAGGCCGUGCUUGCUUGGAGCAGGGCCUUGCGGCUUUGUUCGAAACCCAUCGGGCUGAGACCACCGGCAUCCUGUCGGCCCUCGACUCCCACACGAUGCAGUACGAGCUGCCGGGCGAGACAUCAUGGAAGUCGUGGAGCCAGGAGUUGCAGGGAAGAUCGCCCGAUGACAAGGAGCUGGGUGACUUGGUCAUGACGACCGCAGCAGCCACGAUUGCGACCCUCAAGGGUGGCUUGAUCAACAAUGACUUCAAGAACCUGGAGCAGGCUUCCAAGAACUUGGAGAGCUUCCACAGCAAGUUUCAAGCUGUCUUCGACAAGGGCAUUUGCACCGGCUCAGUCAUGGACGAUUGCGUGGCGCUCUCCAGGCAGGCGAAAGUCCGCUCCCAGCAAGUGAGCGUGCUCAUGAUCGAGUCAGUGUUGAACUUGGGCAUCGUGGGCAACAAGGCGGACAUCAUUGAAGCACAGAUUGAGAAGCUGAAGGGCAAGACGAGUUGCGAGAAAGAUGUGUGCAAGGUCUUGCUGCACAAAGCACGUGCAGUUCUGGGCAAGUAA